CUCUUUCUCUAUCGUGACUUCUCAUGGUACGAUUCUAGUUUCUCCACCUCCUUACCCAUAACCUCAAGAAACCACUAUAGAAGAACCGUAUCGCAAGCAGACAACACGGAGAAGAAGAAGAGGAAGAAGACGACGACGACGGUCUCGUUCUUCUUUUAAUUCUCAAAUUCCUAACAGGAAGAAAAGGAAAAAUCCCUAAUUCCCUCAAAAAAUAUCGUAACAUGGAAGCGGAGAUACUGUGGGUCCACAUAUAAUCACCAGCCGGUGAUUCUCGCGGUUCCCUCACCUGCAUUUUUGAACAAUUUGUGCAGGUAGGUGGCAAGUGUUGAAGCUUUAUUAGUAGAUAUGGCUAGCUCUUUCAAUGCACAGAUUUUAGUGGACAAGCUUACCAAGCUCAAUAAUUCUCAGGCGAGCAUAGAAACCUUGUCACAUUGGUGUAUUUUCCAUAUGAACAAAGCAAAGCAAGUUGUCGAAACAUGGGCCAGGCAGUUUCAUUGCUCUCCACGUGAGCAGAGAUUGGCCUUUCUAUACCUUGCCAAUGACAUUCUGCAGAAUAGUAGGCGAAAGGGUUCAGAGUUUGUUGGUGAAUUCUGGAAGGUUCUUCCAGAUGCUCUCCGUGACGUGAUUGAAAAUGGAGAUGAAUUUGGAAGAAAUGCUGCUCUACGAUUGAUUAGUAUAUGGGAAGAGCGAAAAGUUUUUGGUUCUCGCGGCCAAAUUCUCAAGGAAGAACUUGUGGGAAGGCAGGCAGAAAACAGUAACAGAAUUGGGAAGCAUAUAAGCAGUAAACUGAAGCAGCCUGUUGGAAAUACAUUAGACAAAAUAGUCUCGGGCUAUCAAGUUCUUUACGGUGGGCAGAUAGAUGAAGACAUUAUUCUGGGAAAAUGUAGAAAUGCUGUUAGCUGCAUUGAGAAAGUAGACAAGGAAAUCGGGGUUGAUGUUAAUUCAGUGCGACUUCAUAGACCUGCGCUCAUGGAGGAAGUCCAGGGGCAGCAUGCUAUACUUAGAGACUGUAUUGAACAACUAAGGGCACUUGAAUCAUCAAGAAAAAGUCUUGUGUCUCACCUGAGAGAGGCUUUGCAAGAGCAGGAAUUCAAACUGGAGCAAGUCCGUACUCAACUUCAGGCUGCACAAUCACAAUCGGAUCUAGCUGGAAAUAUCUGCAGACAGUUACUAACUGGUGACAAUGCACAGUUGGUCGCAGAGCAAAGCUCAAAGGAAGCUCUUACCUCCAUGGCAUCUCAAACUUUUAGUCAGUCAGACAGGGAGCAGUCAGCACCUGUAAUGUAUGCUCGGCAGGUGUCUUUUCCUGAAAAAUCUACUCACUUGGAAGAUGACCCCCGUAAAUCUGCAGCUGCUGCAGUUGCAGCAAAGCUAACUGCAUCAACAUCCUCCGCCCAAAUGCUAUCCAUUGUCCUCUCAUCCUUGGCAUCCGAAGGUGUCAUUGGCAACCCAUUAAAUGAGUCAUCCAGCAAAUAUCCUUCGGAAAAGAGGCCUAAGCUUGACAACGACCAGUCUUACAUACCAACGCAACAUCCCCAACAACCCCAAAUUCCUCCGUUCUCCCAUCCUGAGUCCCUCCAGCACAGCAUGUCGACAACAACCCAACAAUUACCUCUAAACGAAGCUCCACCUCCACCAUCAUCCUCUCCUCCUCCAUUGCCACCAUUACCUCCUAUGCCACCAUAUCAAGUGCCGCAGUACAUGCAGACUGCAGGACCAGUAAGUGGUAUGCCAUACAACUACACCGUCUCCCAACAACCAGCUUCUUCUCUGCCUGGUUACCCAACAGUUGGAGCUCCAAUAACAAGUGCCUCUCCAUUUACAACUCCUCUCCAAAAUUCGUAUCAGUUUCAAGGCUCUGAAGGCUUCUAUAACCAGCCAUCAUCCAUGCCUAUGGCACCGAUUAGUCGGCAAUAGAAUUUUCAGGCCCUGCCCAUCCUCUCCGAGCAUGAAAGGUUUUGUGGGUAGCAUAAAGAUAUUUUCAGAACUAGUUGAAACUCUUCUGUCACCAUGUAGGUGAAUCAAUCAAUGCUUGUGUGCCUCUGAUUAUACACCUAAUUAGAUCUGCACAUAGUAAAUGUUUGUAACUUUAUUUUUUUAAGUUACCGUUCUCAAUAUUUAUGGUAUUAUUUAAAACCAUUCAUUGCUUAGUUGAAUUGACUAAA